AUGGCAAUUGACCUUGACAGACACAACAAAAGAAAGCACGUCUCGCGCACCCCACGAGGCACUAACCCGUACAUGAAAUUGUUAGGGAGAAUAUAUGCCUUUUUGGCCAAAAGAACCCAAUCCAAAUUUGCGAAGACCGUCCACCACCGAUUGUGUUUGAGUGGAGUCAACAGACCCGUCGUUUCGACUUCCAAAAUCGCAGCACUCCUCAAGGACAGAGAACAAAAAAUCGCCGUCUGCAUCACCACUGUCACCUUCGACGAGAGAAUGCCAGUCCUCCCAAAAAUGACCGUCUGCGCGUUGAGAUUCACAAAGACCGCUGAACAGGCUAUCACUAAGGCCGGCGGAAAAUGCCUCAGAUUCGAUGAGCUCGCCAUGAAAGCUCCUACUGGAAAGGACACCUUGUUGAUUAGAGGAAAGAAGAGCACAAGAGCAGCUCUUAAGCACUUCGGUAAGGUCUGCGCUAAGAAACACGCAGCCAAGGAAUACAAGGGAAAGGGAACCAAGAAACACUAA